CCCAUUGGAGCCAAAUCGGCCCAGCUGUGUGUGAGAGAAAGUCUUGCAGGUGGCAGCGUUAGCUUCUUUAUUUUUUGUAUGAUUAAGAAUAUUAUGCUUUGAACAUGACAUCAACAGAGGUGUCUUUACAGCUGAGAUUAGACAAAUAAUGUUGUUUAUAUUUCAGAUUUUUGUAUUACCCCUCUGUGCCCAGAUUUAUAGAUAUAUCGUUUGCUGUCAUAUGGAUUUAACUACAACUACCUUAGAACCAUAGCUACCGCACAUCAACGUGUGCCAUAGAUGGGUCGACCGGGAAACCGGUUUCUGAACAACUGGUUAAAUUGUACUUGGGGGACAAAAAAGAGUAGUGGUGAGAGUCAAUGUAGUAUUGCCGUAUAGAAUAGUCCUUUGUGCUCACAUGCCAUCUUUAUGCAGAUAGACUUAUUGCACGAUAUUUGCUGCUCUUCACUUGCUUUCUAUCGGAGUGUGACUGCAGAAGAGCGUAGAUCCUAUCAGCUGUCGUUGGAUUCUUAGGAAGCGCUUUAGAGGUUGUUUAUGCAGCACUACUUUUGUGUACAUCCGAUUUUUUUUUUUUAACAAAGUCAGGAAUUAAUAGUGUUUUAUUUUUCGAAAUCAUCAGUUAACUUAAUUUAAUUGUCAAAACGACUUUAAUAUAUGUUUAAUCUUAAACUAUUGGACAUGAUUGAUGCCGAAUGGCUGGAGUAUUCCUCGGGUCUAUUUCUUCUGGAUGGCAGUGCUUCGCCUUUCUCCUCGCUCCCUGUGCUAUAGCCGCCAUCUUGAAUUUUAAUCUUAAUUUCUGAAAUGUUUUGUUUCCGACGAUAUUUUUUCCCCGAUUACAGUGUUUUACCUAUCCUGGAUUAUUUUUUUUGUUGUUGUUGAAGGAUUAUCUAAUGUUCCUGCUCAUCUUGGAAUAAAUAUUGAGUGACAGCCCCUAGCUUCCAGUCUUCCCCACUCUGAGUGCUCCCUCAACUCAGAGACUCAAUGCAACUGGACCAGGGGGCUUGUGGGUAUGAAGUGGCUGGGCCAAUCCAAGAGCAUGGUGUUGAAUGGCAGCAGGUACUCCACCAGUGAGCAGCAGCCCGUGAGCCAGAGCCAGACCCGCUCCCAGCAGCAGCUACACCCACAGAGGAGCUCUCUCCGACCAGGGACUGGCAGCAGGAGAUGUAGCCGCCGGUUCAGUGCGGCCAGCCUGGAGGCGGAGCGACGCUGUAUCCCGUCCUCUGGGAUGACCGCCAAGGAACUGUGUGAGCACGAUGACCUCACCACCAGCCUCAUCCUCGACCCGUAUCUGGGCUUCCAGACACACAAGAUGAACACCAGGUUUCGACCAAUCAAGGGAAGACAGGAAGAGCUGAAGGAGAUUAUCGAGCGGUUCAAGAAGCACGACAACCUGGAGAAGGCUUUCAGAGCACUGACCUCUGGAGACUGGUCCAGACACCACUUCCUACACAAGUCUAAAGCCCAGGAGAAGCUCUUCAAACAGCACGUGUUUGUGUAUCUGCGGAUGUUUGCGGCUGACAGUGGGUUUGAGAUUCUCCCGUGUAACCGCUACUCCUCGGAGCAGAACGGAGCCAAGAUCGUGGCCACAAAGGAAUGGAAAAGGAACGAUAAGAUUGAGUACUUGGUGGGCUGCAUCGCCGAGCUGUCGGAGAGCGAGGAGAACAUGUUGCUGCGUCACGGGGAGAAUGACUUCAGUGUCAUGUACUCGACACGCAAGAACUGUGCUCAGCUGUGGCUGGGGCCUGCAGCCUUCAUCAACCACGAUUGCCGGCCAAAUUGCAAGUUUGUGUCGACGGGCCGUGACACGGCCUGUGUCAAGGUGCUAAGGGACAUCGAACCGGGAGAGGAGAUCUCCUGUUACUACGACGGAUUUGGGGAGAACAACGAAUAUUGUGAAUGCUACACGUGUGAACGACGUCUCACUGGCGCGUUCAAAUCCAAAGCUGGGCUCCCGGCGGAGGCUCCGGUGAUCAACAGCACGUACGGGUUACGGGAGACGGACAAGCGCCUGAACCGGCUGAAGAAGAUGGAGGCAGGAGAGGGCAGCAGGAGCUCCGACAGCCACUCUGUGGGCUCCCACACCGACGUAGACUCUCAGGACAUACCAAACACACACACGUCUGGAAGGAAAAAGACUUCCUCCAAUAUGAAGUUCAGCAGAACCAGAACUCAAAGCAGACCGUCUCUUUCCAGAGCACUAACCUCUACCUCACCUUCUAAACCAAGUCACAGAAACACUGGCAGGAUACCAAAGAGACUCCGAUCCAAACCCGCCAGGCCUUCGCUCUCCAAGGUCCGGUUGCGCAGUAGAUGCAGCAGGGGCAGAGGUUCGGAGCCCAAGCGGCUGCGGCGUUGGUGGCCCGAGGGGAGGUGCUGGGUACCACCGGGACCCCGGUCGCCUGGGUCUCCGGGAGCCGGGACGUUGUCGCUGUGUAAGGCGGGCGUGUCUGUGAAGAAGGAGAAGGAUGCACAGGGACCAGUCCAGACAGCACUGGGCCAGCGGGGGUGUCUGACCCGCCAUGCGGCCAAGGAGAACAACACCCCGGCAGUCUGCGAGGGCAGCCAGAGCCAGCCUUGCACUUACAGGACUCGCAGGUCCACCAGGACCCUGGUAAAGGUCCAGGACGCCGGGUCAGCUGGGGUUAAACUGGAGCCUGGGGGCCUGGAGGGCCACGGCACCGUCCCUGGAGGGUUGGAGAUUAAAACGGAGCCUGCUGACCUGGAGCAGUACCUGGGUCACGGGUUGGGCUCGGAGCUGGGCGGAGGUCUGGGUGCUGGCUACUCGAGCAGAGGGGUCUGUACCAGACGCAGCCAGCUCACCCAGCUCCGGCCCGAACGGACGAUAAGCGCGAGGACUCGUCGUACGGCGGAGCUGUUCCCGCCGGUAGCGGUGGCCCCGGUGGCUUCCUCCCAACAUCCCCAUCACCACCACAGUACUGCUGACACGGCAGUCGACAAGAUGCUGCUGGGCCUCUCUGUCCCAGAGCGCCACUGGGACUACAAUGGGAGCGAGGCCCUCCGGAGGGAGCGGGGAGGACAGGGGAGCGAGCCCCUCCGGAGGGAGGACAGGGACAGGGACAAGGGAGGGAGCGGGGGAGGACAGGGGGAGCGAGCCCCUCCGGAGGAGGACAGGGACAAGGGGAGGGAGAACAGGAACAAGGGGAGGGAGAAAGGGGCGUCGGCAUAAAGGGAAGGGAGGUUACCGGAGCCACAGGGGGACAGGGGGCAGAGCAAAGAGAAGAAGAAACAGAGGAUCACGCGCUACGACGCCCAGCUGAUCCUGGAGAACAGCGGAGGGAUCCCCAAACUGACGCUCCGCCGGCGCAGAGACAGCAGCAGCAGCAAGACCAACGAGCCCAGCGAGCCAAUCAGCACGCAGCAGCAGGCUAGCAGCACCACCACCACGCCGCAGCCUUCCGCCCAACCCCCGGUCAACUCCUCUUCGUCAUCUUCCUCCUCGUCAACGUCCAAGAUCAGCAUUAUGUUCAGGAAGGACCCGUCUCAGGACAGGGAGAAGGGCAGUUCCUGCAGCUCCUACCACGUGUCCAAGCUGAACGGGUUUGGGCCUCCCGGGCUCCACAGCACCAGCAGCUCCACCAAGCUGAAGAUCCAGCUGAAGAGGGAGGAUGACGGACGGGCCCAGACGCACACCGACAACAGGGGGGACACGGAGGGCUGCGGUCUGGGUGGUGGGGCCUUCGGCCUGGAAGCCAGGAAUGGUGGGAGCCACGGGGGGCACAGGAUACGAAACAUUGUGGUAGAUGAGUCUUCAUCUGAUGAUGAGGAGGAGGAGGAGGAGGAGGACGACGAUGACUACUUUGAUGAUGAGUUUGAGGACGAUUUCAUUCCACUCCCGCCGGCGAAACGGUUGCGUCUCAUUGUGGGGAAAGACUCAAUAGACAUCGAUAUCUCAUCCCGGAGGAGAGAGGACCAGUCUCUGAGGCUCAACGCCUGAUAAGCUCUCUGAAUGGAGUUCAUAUCUGCGUCCCAAAUGGCAAACCGUUCCCUAUGCAGUGCACUACUUUGUAUGUGGUAAAUAGCAGGACACUAGGUAGGGAAUAGGGUGCCAUUUUGGGACACAGUCCAUCACUCCACCUUUACAUGUACAGAAGACACUUGACUCACUAAUCAACUGUUGUGUUGAUGAUGUUUAAAGAAGUACAGUCAUUUAAAAAAAAAAAAAAACUUCAAAAGUUGCAACAAAAAAAAACAA